AUGCGAACUCGGGUCCUAUUCUCCGCGGGGCUCUGGUACCUCUCAGGAGUUGGCUGGCAGCGAUUUUCCGAACGCCCUAAGGAAGGCUUCAUUUAUGGCCGGUCAGGACAACCAGUGAAAAUAUAUGUAAAAUUACAUCACAAUAGUCCAAUCCUUGUCUGUAUGGAUUUUAAACGCUCUAUAAAGGAAACAGUGGACCCCACCUACUUAUGGAUUGGGCCUAAUAAAAGACCAUUAACAGGAAAUAAUAGAAUACAUAUAACUGAAACAGGAAAGCUGAUGGUAAAAGAUUUUCUGGAGCCUUUGUCUGGAAGUUACUCAUGUACUCUUCCUUAGAAGACUGUCAAAGAAGAAACCCAAGAAAGAAAGUGGUAAAGCAAGAGAUAUGACUUUAUGAUCUUUGUUAAUCCUUUUGCACCAGGGUGGAAAGGUACAUGCAAUAAUUCUGUUGAUUGUGAAGAUAUCACUAAUCAUAAUAUCCUCCAGGUGAGAAUUGCAAUAGGUCGGAUAUAAGAAUUUUUUCGGAGCCAAGCAUAUAUUUUCAACCAUUACUUUAAUAGAGCCCUACCAGCUAUGCAUUUUGUGGACCACAGUUUUCAAGUAGUAUGAAUGGAUGGCUGUCAUCCAGGCUUUGGAAAAAAUGAAGGUCUACACAGUAAUUGUGCUAGCUGUUGUGUGGUUUGUAGUCCUGGAACUUUUAGUCCUGAUUUUGAUGUUACUUGUGGGACCUGCAAUUCCAUCCAUAUCUGUGGAGCUAAAUCUUGCCCAUAAACUUCAAACAAAAAUCAUACUAUGAAGACAAGGUGUAAAAAACAUUGUUACUUGCCUGUGGAGUUGGGGGACAUAAGAUGAUUUGUUCACAUUCCAGAGCAUCAUAGAUGGUUCCAUUCAGUAAGAUCAGUAAGACCAAAACAUUGGAAAACACACUUUAGAAACUUUAAAAAGAUAACUGACAUGGCGUUUCUCAGAAGGCAUUUAAUGUCUUCAGUAUACAAAGGGAAGUUUAGCGGAUGAUUUUCAAUGAAACAUGUUUUGUUGUUUACAAACUGAAUUUGUUGCUCUGUACCUAAGAUUAUAUUCAAGUCAAGAAGAGUAGCAAAGCA